AUGAAUAAAGAAGGAAAGCGUUUGUCAGCUACCAAUUUUGAAAUUAUUUCUGUCCCAGAAAAAUCCUGCCUUGGUUCAAUAGAGUUAAUGAUAAACGAUGAAUAUGUUGAAAAGGAAUUUAGUUGUUAUAAACGCAGUCCAAACCAAUGUGAUCAACUUGGAUUAGAGGAAUACAACAAACAUAAAAAGGCAUUUAAUGAAUUUUUGGAACUAAGUAUAAAGUGUCCUUGCGAUAUAGAACCUCGUCCAGCAGAAAUAGUAAAAUUUUCUAUAAUUUUAUAAAAUUAGCGAUAGGGUAAUUCAUCAUUAAGCAGAAAUCGGUAAAAUUCAAGUACUACCCCUCCCUUUUUUUAUUAAAAAUUGUCAAACUUAAAUUGCGUUACCAAACUUGAACUAUAGACAUAAGUACCAGAUCUGCUUUUUAAAGGCCUCUUAGCCUCGCAAAUUCCUCUUAGCC